UGAAUCUGUGAUGUCGAAUAAUUCUACCUCACCAUUGCUACGUCACUACGGGAUUACAUGAGAUUGCGCCAGCGAUCACAACUUCAAUGUAAAGGUGAACACAACGAGAUAGGACGCUUUUGUAUUUGCCAUUGUAAUAUUAAUAUAUUUUGGGCAAUCGUUUUGCAUCGGGGAAUUUACAGCAAGCAAUCUUGCUGUUUCCCACUCUUACUACGAUACAGGUCGACGUAAUCGUCAAUUUAAACUAUUUUUCUGCUCAUUUUGUUGUUUUUUCUUCGCAAUCGACCGAAAACGCAUGGCGGCGGAAGGUGAAACCGGCCAUGAAGUCUUAGACUCGUCUGGCUCGGAAAAUGAACGAGAUGAAAGUCGUAAUAACCGACGGAUUAAAACAUCAUCUGAUAUACCAUCGACAAGUGAUGACGGUAGGGAUAUGGGACGAGAUAUAAUUGCAAUGCAACAAGUCCUAACUGAUGGUCUUCAGCGAGGUUUUUCUAAGCUUACGGAGGCUAUUGCUUCGCAGUUAAGCAACGCUACCAAACAGGGGCGCACUAGGACUCGCUCAGCAUCAGAGUCAUCGGACUCCGUGGCAUCAGUAGCAUCGGAAACGCGAAAAGCUACUAAAAGAGCGCGUCGUGAGUCAACAGGUGAUGUUGACGUGGAAGUUGACGAAUUGUUAGCAGGGAAUGAUCCCAACACUACAUCGAAUGUUGCCUCUGCUCAAAAUGAGGAGGAUGUUCUAGGCUCAAUAGCUGAAGAAUACAACCUUGACGAACAAUGUGCUGAAGAGGUUAAUCCUAAACUAGCAAGCAUUGUUAACAAAAUGGUGCGUAACAGAUUAACCGAUGAAAAACUUAAAGAAAAAUUGACACAGAGUACUCGGCCCACAAACUGCGAGAACAUUGUAGGCACUAAAAUCAACCCUGAAAUUUGGCCGAAAUUGAAGUCAAGCACUCGGAGUCGAGAUAUUAAAUUACAAAGGGUGCAAAAUAUGUUACUGAAGGCUAGCAUUCCGGUGGUUAAAGUUAUCCACAAACUCAUGCAGGCUGAUUCAUCUCAACUUGAGGAUAAUAAAUCAAUGAUAAGGAGUCUAAUGGACUCUAUGGCCAUUCUGGGACAUACUAAUUAUGAGUUCGUGCAAAGACGUAGAGAACUGAUACGACCAGACCUUAAUGAUAAAUAUCAGCAACUUUGUGGUGAACAUAUUGAGUUCACAAACUGGCUAUUUGGGGAUGAUUUACCCAAACAAGUGCAGGAUAUUAGUGCCACCAAUCGAGUAAGCCAACAGCUGGCUAGUUCCGACAAUAUGAUCGGCAGAAUGGAACGGGCUCCUACUCCA